ACACUGGCGGUAGGAAUGGCGGCUAAGAUUACUAACGCUAGAGGAAGGAGCCCAAAGACCAUGAAACUUUACUUCUAGCGGCCCCGCAGAGGAACCUGUGUCCAGCGAAACGCAGUAACAGCAUCCCAUAACGGAGCAAAGGGAGAAGAAGUGCCAUUACGUGAGAUUUCUUGGCGUUAAACGUCCAGACCGAGGAGCUGGACGCACUUUGCGACUCGCUAGUUAGCUGAACGUCGGAGCCUGACUCUGGUUCAGGUAGCGCUUAGCUCAGUAGCCAGCUGUUGGCUACUUUGGCCCCAACAAGUUAACUAAGUGAUUAACUGCACGAAAGCGCUCCUCGUUUGAUUUCUUUUGAAUGGUGACCAGCUGUCUUCGCCCACAGAUAGUAUUGGGGGUUGGUUUUUGUUUACAAGAGAGCGGGAUCAGACGACAACAAGUCGACACAGCAACAUUAUCGCCGCUAACCUCAACGUUAGCUCGCAGGCUAGCUGAGUUGGGCUCCUGAAGUCUCGCCCAUUUUCUUCGGCUCCUGCCCCAGCCAUUGGCUCAGGGCUCAUCGACAGCCAACUAGUCUGGUUUUCAGCUUCGAUCGGUGCUACGAUGGAAAGCCUAACGCUGACUGACAUCGAGCAGAAAUAUUACUCGGAUUUGUUCGUUUACUGCGACACGGACAACACCAAGAAAGUGGCGUCCAAUGGGAGAGUUCUUGACCUUUUCCGGGCGGCCCAGCUACCCAGCGAAGUUGUCCUGCAGAUCACAGAGCUUUGUGGAGCCACUCGGCUGGGUCACUUCGGGCGGAGCCAGUUCUACAUCGCUCUGAAGCUCAUUGCCAUUGCCCAGUCCGGUCUGCCCCUGAGGGUGGAGAGCCUCAACUCGGUCAAAGACCUGCCGCUGCCCAGGUUCGUGGUGGGGAAGAACGAGGCAGAGGCGAGGCACGCGGCGCUGUACCAGGACACAGACAGUCAGGGGUUGUACCCAGCCUCUGCCACUGCAGUAAUACCCAGGCCACCGGGCAGGGGUCUCCAGAACAAGAAAGGUCCCCCAUCGUCAACCUCCCUUCCUGUCCACGAGGUCAUCCAGCCCCUGGCACCCAGCAUAGAGCCACAGCCCGAGCCAACGUCCCCGGUGGUCUCCCCCCACCAGUCUCCCCCCACCUCCCCUCACUCGUGGAGGAAACACAAGCGGCAGCACAGCGGAGGAAACGCAGACAGACAGCCGGUUGUGGCUGCAACCGGAGCUGUGUGGACGCACUUCAGAGAACCACAAGCAGGUCCAGUGCCCGGUGAGGGAAUGUGGCCGUCCCACUCGCCUCCCCCUCCAGGUCAGGAAAGUUGGGUCAGUUUCACAGCAGACACCCCGCCAUCCAGUGCACUCCCAGGAAUGCAUCCCUCGUCAGUCCAGGAAAGCACAACGAUACGAACUGUGGCCUCAGCAGCAACAACCAAUGAGAUCCAGCGACAGUCCAGCGGCUACGACGAUCCAUGGAAGAUCACGGAUGAGCAGAGACAGUAUUAUAUUAACCAGUUCAAAACCAUCCAGCCAGACCUCACCGGCUUCAUACCUGGUAGGAAAAUGCUGACACACACAAAACUUCCUCUGAUGAGAUUCUGCCUGCGACACUGGGAACUGUCAGACUUUGAUAAAGACGGAGCGCUGACCCUGGAUGAGUUCUGCGCCGCCUUCCACCUGGUCGUGGCCAGGAAGAAUGGCUACGACCUGCCCGAGAAACUGCCCGAGAGCCUGAUGCCAAAGCUGAUUGACCUGGAUGACUCAGCAGAGGUCUCGGAGUCGACUGCUGACGUUGGAUACUCGGGCUCCCCGGUCGAGGUCACCCCUAACAAAUCUCCCUCCAUGCCUUCACUCAACCAGGCCUGGCCAGAGAUGAACCAGAGCAACGAGGACACGGCCAUCGUCCACCCAGUCCCCAUCCGGAUGACCCCCAGUAAGAUCCACAUGCAGGAGAUGGAGCUGAAGAGAACUGGCAGCGACCACAACCACCCUACCAGUCCACUGCUGGCUAAACCUCCCGAACUGUCCGAAGAAGCCAAAUUGCCCGCCUCCAUGAAGUUUGUAACUGCCAACACUGUAGGUGAUGGUUACAGCAGUUCAGACUCCUUCACCUCAGACCAGGAACCGAUCACAAGACAAAGGUCUCAGUCGGGUACGUCUCCAGAGGCCCUGAAGGUGGUAGGCCCCCCUCCACCUCCACCCCGCCCCCACCCCUCUCAUUCUCGCUCCUCAUCUCUCGACAUGAACCGCACCUUCGCCGCCACGUCUGCACCCGGACAACCGCAACCCUCUACUAUAGCUUUCCCGCCUGCUGUGCCUCCUCGACCGCUGCCCACACAGGCGUCAGUGCCGCUCCCCGGGCAUCGUGGAGAGGCCGAGGUCGCGCCCGGAGGCGGAGCGGUGCUCACCACCACCUCCCCCCAACAGAUUCCUCAGCAGCCCAAUUUCGCCGACUUCAGUCAGUUUCAGGCCUUCGCUGCAUCCGAACAGCCUUCCAGCCUGCCAGAGGUCGAUAUACACAGUGAGGCUGGACAGGCGGAGAAGUCGUCAGAGGGAGCCGGCCCUUUGAGAACAGUCAAGAGUGAUGGCCAAGCAGAUGAGAGAUCUUCAGCGACUGUCAACUCUGCCAAGGUUUCGUCCGGUCCGCUCGCUCCUCCGCCAAAACCUGUACGCCGAAGGUUGAAGUCUGAAGAUGAGCUUCGACCGGAGGACGAGCAACACGGUCCGCAGAAAUCAAACGUCAUAGCUGCCGUCCUGGCCACUCAGCCCUCCAUCCCCAGGUCAGUAGGAAAGGACAAAAAGGCGAUUCAAGCUUCAAUCAGAAGAAACAAGGAGACGAACACAGUGUUGGCGCGACUCAACAGUGAACUGCAGCAACAGCUGAAGGACCUGCUUGAGGAGAGGAUAUCCCUGGAAGUCCAGCUGGAGCAGCUCAGACCUUUCUCCCACCUUUAACCAACGUGAAGAGGAAACCUCAACUGUAGUUCAUCUGAAGCAACGCUCGCUGUGACUCCCCCUCCAUCGCUCCCUCCCUCCUUCCUUCCUUCCUCCUUCCUUCCACCAUCUCGGCUUUCCCUGGAGGCUCCGACCUGCUGCAGGGUGCUCCGUUAAAACUCUUACGCUCAACCACACACACUUACUGUUCAUAAACCGGAGGGACCUGAGAGCGCAGUCUUACCAAGAGGAGGAGGCAACAGGAGUGUGUGGGGGGGGGGAACUGGCACUUUUCAAUUUUUCUCUAAAGAGAGGUGAACGUGAGGACGACGGCAGACUGAGAAACGGUUCGGAGUGGGAGACAAAGCGCUCCCACUGCGAGUGUGGUCUGAAGACAAACUGCUGGUGUCCGAUACUCUCUGAAUGACUGAAGGAGAAAGGCGGAGUGUGUUUGUCGUGUGUUUGACUGUAUUUGUGCUCCUGUUUUGUGACUUUCUUGAGGCUAGCACCAAUAUGUUUAUUUUCUCUUGGGGUACAGACUCUGCCACACCAAAUUUCUAUUUAAAAUCAGGCAACUUUUAAGUCAAUUUAAACAGUUCAGUAUUUGGGGGAAAUAUACGCUUCUUCGCUCUCUUUAGGCGUAACAUGGGAAGAUCUAUAUCAAUCUUGUGUGUGUUUAUUGCAGAGAUGGAGUCUGGAACUAGCUUAGCUUAGCAUAAAGACUGGAAGCAGAGAGCCUGGCUCUGUCCAAAGUUCAAAAUUACAUCUACCUGCACCUCGAAAAUUCACAAAUUACCGUGUUGUCUCUGGUUUGUUUAAUCCGUAUAAAAACAGAAAAUAAAAACAACU